UAGAGAACAAAGAUAGGACUUUAUAUUCCUUUACUGCUAUCUCCUUACAGCACCCUGUGCUAAACUGAAUUGUGCACUCUUCUAGAACUGCCAGUCCUAUGCCACUCAGCCAUACCACCAAAGAAAAGGAUGGUCACAACAGAACAAACCACGCCAACCGAUAAUGGAAAUGAAGUAGAUUUUGCCUGGAAGAUUAAAGCCAAUGACCAUGAUUUCUGUGACCGUGUUGGCAAGAAUGGCUUCCUUUGUUGGCAGAGGGGAAAGCACAAGAACAAUAGAAUUAAGACUUCGAAAUACAACUUCCUGACCUUCUUACCUUUGAACUUGUAUGAACAGUAUCACAGAGGAGAAGUAAUCUAUUUCACAUUAGUAUUAAUUUCACAGAGUAUUCCUCAGGUCUCAACAUUGCCAUUCUAUGUGAUUAUUUUACCUCUAGCAUGUAUCCUGUUUGCACGGUGUGUCCGAGACUUAGUAAAUGAUAUUGCCCGUCAUCGAAGUGAUAAGUUGGUCAAUAACAAACCUUGUGAAAUACUGAGGGGACAAAGAUUCAACAUGGAAAAGUGGAAAGACAUUAAUAUUGGAAACAUUAUAUGUAUGCGGAAAAAUGACUUUGUGCCAGCAGACACAAUACUCUUACAUAGCACGGAGCCAAAUGGUUUAUGUUACGUGGAAACAGCAGGAAUUGAUGGAGAGACUAACCUGAAAAUCAGGCAAUCGCUGAUAGUGACACAACAUGCCCUAAACUGCGAAAAAGCACUGGCAGAAUUUGAUGGUCUGGUCACAUGCGAGGAGCCAAAUGUCAGACUACACAAAUUUGUAGGUAUCUUGGAAUGGAAUGAUAAAACGUAUGCUCUAAAUAACGAAAAUAUUCUCCUUCGAGACUGCAAAGUCCGUAACGUAGACCACUGCUAUGGUCUUGUUAUUUAUGCAGGGCAUGACUCAAAAAUAAUGAUGAACUCGGGCAAAGUAACAAUAAAGAGGAGCCUGCUGGAGUACCUUAUCAAUAAAAAUGUUGUUUCUAUUGCUGCUAUGAUAAUAAUUACAUCAAUCUGCUUGGGCAUAAUCGCUGGAUUCUGGAAUGAAAGGAACCUAAAAAAACAUUAUUAUAUUCCCAGUAACUCCCAAAUGUCAUCAUCUUUAAUGGGAUUUUUCACAGCAUGGAGCUACUUUGUGGCAACAAGCACCUUGGUCCCUUUUUUUCUUUACAUCGGGCUGGAAUUCAUCUUCGUAACCUGCAACGUCUUCAUCGAUAAUGACCUUGAGAUGUACUACGCUGAAUCCGACAUCCCUGCCCAAGCAAGGGCCAGUCGCCUUAAUGACCUCCUUGGGCAGGUUGAAUAUGUUUUCACAGACAAAACUGGAACUCUCACUCAGAAUGUUAUGACCUUCAAGAAAUGCAGCAUUGGGCAGAGAAUGUUUGGAACAUCAUCAGCAACAGAGAAAGGUUUUAAGGUGGAUUUUGAUUGGAAUAAAUAUGCUGAUGCAAGAUUCCAGUUCAACGAUCAGUCCCUCAUUGAUGUGGUGCGUAAGAAUGAAGAUCUUCUUGUGAGUGAAUUCUUUAGGUUGAUAGCCCUUUGCCAUACAGUCAUGGUGGAUGAGCAUGACGGGGGUAUUGUCUAUCAGGCUUCUUCCCCAGACGAAGAAGCAUUGGUCACCGCUGCAAGGAACUUUGGCUAUGUUUUCCUAUCCCGCAAUCCGGACUCUAUUACCAUUAGUGAGUUGGGGACAAUUAAAACCUACAGCAUUCUCGCACUCAUGGACUUCAACAGUGAGCGUAAGAGGAUGUCAGUUUUAGUGCGAGACCAAGAAGGAAAGAUAAAAUUAUAUGUUAAAGGGGCAGACACCGUCGUCUUGCAACGAUUGCAUCCCACCUGCUCAUCUGAUAGCAUUAUGGAUGCUCUGGAUCAUUUUUCAGAGGAAACCUUAAGAACCUUAUGCAUGGCUUACAAGGAGGUGGAAGAGUCUGUCUACAAUGAGUGGGAACUAAAGCAUGAAAAAGCAUCCACAAGCUUAAACAAUCGAGACGAACAUAUUCAAGAGGUGUAUGAGGAAAUGGAAAUCAACCUACAGUUGCUUGGGGCUACAGCUAUAGAAGAUAAGUUACAGGAUGGUGUCCCAGAGACAAUUCAAUUUUUGAGAGAGGGUGGCAUGAAGGUUUGGAUGCUGACCGGUGAUAAAAAAGAGACCGCAGUAAACAUAGGAUAUUCUUGUAACCUGCUCACAAGUGACAUGGAGAUAUUUGAGUACAGUGAUAUACGACAAAAGCUGGAUAAUAUGUUGGAAAAUAAUUCAAAUGGUCAUGGAAAGUGGAGAAAUGUCCUGAAUACUGAUGGAACAUCUGGCAAGAGCGCAUUGGUCCUUACUGGAGAGGACUUGAGUGAUUUGUUGGAUUCUAAUGAAGAGGAUCCCAAGAAAUCUUUAUGGGAGAAGCUGACUUUGGUCAUGAGAAGGAAGGCUGGGAAAAGUCAUUCUAAUAUGAAGGCAAGAGCCCUGGUGGAGCUCUCACAUCAAUUCCAAUCUGUCAUCUGUUCCAGGGUAACACCAAAUCAGAAGGCUACCAUUGUUCAGCUAGUAAAGGAAUAUAUGAAGGUCAUCACGCUCUGUAUAGGUGAUGGAGGGAAUGAUGUUAACAUGAUAAAAACUGCCCACAUUGGGAUUGGAAUCUACGGAAAGGAAGGUCUACAAGCUGUUCUUGCCAGUGAUUACGCCAUAGGACAAUUCUCCUUUCUCAAGCGACUACUCUUCCUACAUGGACGUUUGUCAUACAUCCGCUUGUCAAAGUAUUUGUGUUAUUACAACUACAAGACAUUAGCCAGCCUAGUUAACAAUUACUGGUUUGGGUUCUUCAAUGGAUUUUCUACUCUGUUGACAUUUGAGACCUGGUACCUUGUAUUUAAUGCCAUCCUGUACACUUUUUUCCCUGCAAUUUACAUUGGAAUCAUGGACAAGGACGUGGACAACCAGACAAGCCUUCAACGCCCAGAACUCUACAAAGUGGGACAGCAAGACAGGCAUCGUGGCCUGAGAGUCUUCCUUUACUGCCUUUACGGGAUAUAUACAUCCAUAGUCAUGCUCUUCAUUCCUUACGGUGUCUUUUUAGAUUCAGCAGGACCUAUGGGCAUAUUUGAUUAUCAGGUUUUUGCAUGUACUUCAACCACCAUAGGAGUCCUAGCUAUCUUAGCCGAGGCUGCAAUACAGUUCUCAUCUUGGUCUGUGUUUGCAUUCAUUUCUCUUGGAUUAUCGUUUGGCUUUUAUCUCCUGCUUUCAUAUGUAUCAGGAAUGCCAGCAGCAUUCCAUUACUCUGCAGCAGACUUCAACUUUCUGGGUGCUUUUGUUUAUACCAUCUCAAGUGGGUAUAUUUGGCUCUUAAUUCUCCUGGCUGUUAUUGUAAGCAUCAUUCCUUCACUAUUCUUUCGACCAUGGGCCAAAUUCACGGGCUCCCACUUGACUACACCAUCCCCUAAAAUGAAAGACAGUGUGGUACUACGGUCUGUUAGAAGAUGGAGAUCUGGAAGACGACGUUCUAGCUAUGCUUUCUCCCAGUACGAGGUUUUGCCAUCAGGGCCUCGGCAAAAAGCAACAUCUUGGGAUAAAAGAAUAGCUUGAAAGGUGUAAGAAAACCAGGCACUGGUAGUCCCACAAGAAGGAGGAAUCAUUUUGGGAUACACUAAAAGACUAUAGAACCCAUCUCCGGCAGCACUCUUUUGUUACCUCCGGGCAUGUGAUAUAUCCAUAACUCAGAACAUACCUGAUCGGCCCCAGAGGCUCUCGCUUAGUGAAAGAUAAAUGAAACUAUCUACUGACCUUCAAAAACGAGUCAGAGGUC